AUGCGCCUGGGCAUCUCGCUCUCGCCUCUUCUUGUUCUUCAGGCGGCCGCCGCCCUUGCGUCCGAUGACGUCCUCCUAGUAGACGGCGGCUCCUGUCCAGCCGACCGACUGAAGGUUGUGACAAACGCAGCAUGCAAGACGGCAAGGGAGGAGGUGCAGCCCCGGAAGUCGAAGUACCGUGGGAAGGAGAGGACGAGCUCUUGGCCGAGCGGCUGCUACUACUGCGAUGGCGUGCAAGGCUGCCAAUCCGGGACGUGGCUCAACCGCCAUCCCAAUGGCGGCCGUGUGCCAGCCGGCGUGCAGACCUACUGCGCUAAGGCGGCGUGGUCUGGUUGCAGCAACGGUGGCUGCGCCGGCGGCGCGACGAGCGUCUUGUUUGCUGGCGACAGCGAUAUCGAGCUGUGGAAAAAGACUCGACAAUAUUUCCCUGGCUCGGCCAACGAGGGCGUCGGCGGCUGGACUUGCCGCAAGCUACGGAAGAAGAUUGGUGGCUUCCUAGACCGCUACAACCCAGAAUGGGUCGUCCUCGUGUGCGGAGAGAAUGACGUUGGUAACGGCCGCACUGUCUCGGCGACAUUCGACGAUUUCCGGGCGAUCGUCUCGAAGAUCAACGCGGCGGGAGCUCGCGUUGUAUAUGUUGGCACAAAGCCGGAGCCAUCAACGUCGUCUCUUCAUGCAAAGUAUCGCGCCUACGACCGACUAAUCCGUCAGCACGCCGCUUCCCUCGCAAGCGCAGCAUUGGGCUCCCGGCCUCCACUGAUUAUGGUCGAUAGCUACCGAGGCUUCGUCGAUCUCGGCAACCCAAACUCCCUGUACGCUGGAGACAGGCUUCACCUAAGCAAAAAAGGCUACGCACACUGGACGACUUGGACGCAGCAGGCGCUGGCGCAGGCCAGCACGGCGUGUGAGGUGUGGCGCAGCGGUGCGUGCACGCAGAACGGGGGCCGCAGAUGA